AUACCGCCGACAGUCGAAGCGUGUCGUUAAGACGAGAAACACGUUUGCCUCAUUGCCGUCUACUUGAUCGAGUUUUCAGCAGCGAUCCGCAGCUCCGACACGAUGGAAAAGGAAGCGUGUUCUUCUUCCUGCGGACCGGGCUACAGAAGCCCGAGUGCGGCGAUGGUCGAGGGGCCGCGCGAGAAGCUCAUGUACGUCGUCAGCAUACAUACGGAUCCUGAGAAGGCCGACGUCCUUACCACCGUGGAUGUGGAUCCCGACAGUUCCACGUAUUGCCAGAUAAUACACAAGCUGAGAAUGCCGGUGGUUGGUGAUGAAUUACAUCAUUCCGGCUGGAAUGUCUGCAGCAGCUGUCACGAAUCGUCGACACGGAAACGCGACACUCUAGUGCUGCCCUGUCUGAUGUCGGACCGGGUGUAUUUCGUCGAUACCAGCGAUGAGAAAACACCGAAGAUUAAGAAAAUCCUGGAGCCGCAGGAGAUGCAGAAAUGUGGAAUAUCUACGCCGCACACCUCGCAUUGCUUGCCAACCGGCGUGAUAAUGAUCUCCACCAUGGGAAAUCUCAAAGGCGACGGGCUGGGUGAAUUUUUCUGCAUCGACGUUGAUACUUUGGAGGCGAAGGGUACGUGGACGAAGGGCUCUACUCGGUCAAAUUUUGGAUACGAUUAUUGGUACCAACCAUAUCACGAUGCACUUAUCGCUACUGAAUGGGGCGCACCUCGGCUUUUUAAAAAGGGAUUCAAUCCAGAUGACGUCAAAGAUACCAUGAACUAUGGCAGAUCCUUGAACGUGUACUCGUGGAGCGAGCAGAAGUUGAAGCAGACCAUCAAUUUGGGAGACGACGGGAUCGCGCCUCUCGAAAUUCGAUUUCUACACGAUCCUUACGCAUCCGAAGGAUUCGUGGGCUGCGCGGUAACGUCAAACCUUUACCGAUUUUACAAGACGAAGGAUAACUCGUGGAACACGGAGAAGGUGAUUCAAGUGCCUCCGAAGGAGGUCGAAGGAUGGCUUUUACCCUCGAUGCCAGGAAUGAUCACGGAUAUCCUGAUAAGCCUCGACGAUAAGUAUCUGUACAUGUCCAACUGGUUACACGGCGACGUCAGACAGUACGAUAUCUCGAACACGAAGAAGCCGAGACUGACAGGUCAGGUCUUCCUCGGCGGAUCGAUACUGAAGGGCUCGGAAGUGCGCGUGACAAAGGACGAGGAGAUGUGCGGCCAGCCCGAUCCUGUAUACGUGAAAGGACGUAGGUUGUACGGGGCGCCGCAAAUGUUGCAGCUGAGCCUGGACGGACGUCGGCUCUACGUGACCUCUUCGAUCUUCAAGCCGUGGGACAAACAAUUCUAUCCUGAUCUUCUAAAAUACGGAUCGACGAUGGUGAAACUCGAUAUCGACGUUAAGAAGGGCGGCAUGAAGCUCGACGAUCAAUUCCUCGUUGAUUUCGGCGCCGAUAAGAACGAUAUCCUACUCGCACACGAAAUGAGAUAUCCCGGUGGAGAUUGUACCUCCGACAUAUGGCUGCCGAAAAAACACUGACUUCGACGGAGGGACGGCGACGCCAUCAAAGAUAUUUUGAGAUCUGCGAGAAUUAUGAUGUAACACUGUAUUUCAUAUAGCAAUAAUGUUGUACGGGCUUUUUUCUCUUUCUCCGCAAUAAAGUUUCACUUCUAUUUGAGUGAUCA